UUGAAAAGGGGGGUUGUUGCUUUCCUCUCGGCUUUGGGAUCGGCGUGCAAUGCCGACUGUCUGCCCAACACACAGCCUUUGUUUGCUCCCAGGACAGAGCCUGUGGACAAGAGAGUUUCUCUGUCCAGCUCUAACAGAAACUCGGAUCUUCCUCCAGGCUGCAGUGCACUAUGAAGGGCACAAGAAGGUCUAGACAUGUCAGGAGACUCCUUCGGAGCCGCUGGAACAGAUGCCCAGCAGAACCUGCAGUCCUUCUGGCCCAGGGUCAUGGAAGAGAUCAGGAACCUCACUGUGAAGGAUUUUCGCGUGCAGGAGCUUCCACUUGCUCGCAUCAAGAAAAUCAUGAAGUUGGACGAGGAUGUGAAGAUGAUCAGUGCAGAGGCUCCAGUGCUUUUUGCCAAAGCAGCUCAGAUCUUCAUCACAGAGCUCACUUUGAGAGCGUGGAUACACACCGAGGACAACAAACGGCGCACACUACAGAGGAAUGACAUAGCCAUGGCGAUCACCAAGUUUGACCAGUUUGACUUCCUCAUUGACAUUGUCCCAAGAGAUGACCUCAAGCCACCCAAACGACAGGAGGAGGUGCGUCAGUCGGUCGCCUCGACAGAACCAGUGCAGUACUACUUCACGCUGGCGCAGCAACCCGGCGCUGUACAGGUGCAGGGGCAGCAGCAAGGCCAGCAGGUGGCUGCACCCGCCACCGCUGCCACCACCCUCCAACCAGGCCAAAUCAUCAUCGCCCAGCCUCAGCAGGGCCAGGUGUUGCAGGGGACCACCAUGCAGCAGCUACAGCAGGUGCAGGUAGCUCAGUCACAGGCUACCCCGAUCACGAGCGCUCCGGUGACCAUGCAGGUGGGUGAGGGCCAGCAGGUACAGAUAGUGCAGGCGGCUGCACAGGGCCAGGCUCAGGCCCAGUCAGCGCAACCAGCCGGUCAGACCAUGCAGGUCAUGCAGCAAAUCAUCACCAACACAGGAGAAAUUCAGCAGAUCCCUGUGCAACUGAAUGCUGGAGGCCUGCAGUACAUUCGUCUGGCUCAGCCAGUUUCAGGAGCACAAGUCGUUCAAGGACAAAUACAGACCCUCGCAACCAACGCUCAGCAGUGUCAUCCUUUGCAGGGACAUGAUGUACGUUUUGCUCUGCAGGUAUCACAGACAGAAGUGCAGCAAGGACAACAGCAGUUCAACCAGUUCACUGAUGGUCAGCAGUUGUAUCAGAUCCAGCAGGUGACGAUGCCAGCAGGUCAGGAGCUUACUCAGCCUAUGUUCAUCCAAUCAACAAGCCAGACAGCUGAUGGCCAGGUCAGCACGCAGGUCAGCGCUGACUGAUGCGCCUCGCUUCCUCCUUGAUGCCCAGGCACUGACUGCGCUGUAACCACACUGUUCCAGACCAGCUCAAUCAGGGGGAUCCCUACCAUACCACUAUCAAUACCCACACACGGCACCAUUCUAUUAUCAUAUGCAACACCAACAAGGCUAACAGCUCUAACUACACUCAGCCUUAGAGCUUUAAUGCAACUUUUUCUUCUUCUUGACUGCAGUUUUUAA